AACGCUUCUUUCUUAGUCGUCCGUGAAAUGUCACAGCACAAAAUAUACCGUUUUCUAUUGUACAAUAAACAGAAUGCAAGAAUCCGAUAAAGUAACGACUGAAGAAGUUCUUUCCAAAGCCGGGAGUUCUGGUCGGUUCCAAAUCUUUCUAUUCAUUGUCGUUACUUACAUCGAGGUAACCUGGGCAGCUUUUAGUGGUGGUAGCUAUCUAUUCCUAAUCGCGGAACCAAGAUGGAAAUGCUCAGCAAAUAGUACACUAUGUAACAUAACGGGGACAGUAGGACCUGGGGAGGAUCACUACAAGUAUAGGUGUGGAAUACCUCGUCAGGAAUGGACGUUUGURGAUGAGUAUACUUCAUUUGUUACUCAGAUGGUGCUUUAUUCACCGGUCUUGUUUACAUCGUGGAAUUCGUCGGAAUCGAGCAAAGGCCUUUGUAUGGUAACCUCUUUUGGACGUCCUAUGGGCUGGGCUUCGUUGUCUUUGCAGGCAUUGCCUACCUUGCUCGAGAAUGGAAAACAUUGGUAGUUAUCCUUGGACUUUGUGGGCUGCCUGGCUUAGUGUUAUGCUGGUUGGCACCUGAGUCCCUUCGAUGGCUAAUAGUUCAAGGAAAAGAAGAACAAGCUCGGAAAACGUUGCAACUCAUUUCCAAGAUAAACAAAAAAGAAGUACCACAUGACAUCACACUGCCAAGAUAUUCCAAAACGGAGAAAUCUUCUCAUGAUAUCAGAUUGCUAUUCCGCGGAAAUUUUGCAAAGUAUACUCCAGUAAUCUGGUUUGCAUUCUUCGCGAACGCAAUGAUCUACACUGGUUUAUACCUAAUCGCCCCUAACAUAGGAGGAAGUAUAUAUCUCAACUGGUUUCUUGCUGGGGUAACAGAAAUAUUCAGCGCCGGUUUAGGAUCGUGGAUUCAUAGCAGGGUWAAACGAAAAAARGCAACUGCUGGUUGUUUGGCAUUUGCAGCUUUGUCUUCGUUUGUAGCUGGUUUUCUUCUGUUUUACGAUGACGGUAGUACAGGCUUUUUAGUUGGAAAAGUUCUAACAGCCUYGGUGCUACUCAAGUUUUUCACCUCGAUUGGAAUAAAUGGAUUAAAUCUUAUUAUUGCCGAACUUUAUCCUACAGUUAUAAGAAAUACCGCUCAGGGAGCAGCUGCUUGUUGGGGUGCCAUGUCGACGAUGACUUCUGCAUAUGUAACGUAUCUGAUAAGGUUUAAUCCAUUUUUGCCCUUUGGAAUAAUGGGUUUUACUGCAGCAUUGGGCAGUAUCCUGGUUUUAAAAGUAUUGAAGGAAACAAGCCAGGACGCAGUACCAGAGAUAUUUCCCGAAGAUGAAACCGAAGAAAACGAAAUGGCCAAAUUGCUCAAUAAGUGACGUCAGAGGCUGUGGUAGUGACUGAGUGGCUUCUWCAAGAGAGCGGGGCCGGAAAUCGUGUAGCCGGAUUCUGGAUAACCAGCGCCACAAUAACUGGAGCAGAUUGACUCUGUGAUCCCCUCGUGUAGAAUUCCAUCCUUCCAACAACCUCRACSCCAGACGAAUGGAURCAAGGGUCUGGGUACGACUGAGGUUGUCUCRKUGCCAACUGAGUACGUGGCRUGGUUUUUAGAUAAUACUGAAAACAAAAUGUUGAUAAAUAGAUCUAUUUGUAUAAAAUAUAUGAUAGAAUGUUAUAAUUUGAAUGAUAAUAUAAGGGCAUAUUUGAAUUACU